AUGGCGGAGGAAGCGGACCCCGCGACGCUCUUCUUUGGGGAGGAGGAUGUGGACUUGUACGAGGUGCUUGGCCUAAGCCGUGAGGAGAAGCCGUCCGAGGACGAUAUCCGGCGGGCGUACCGGAAAAAGGCGCUGCAGAGCCACCCCGACAAGGCGCAGCUGCGUGGCGAGGCGGACGCAGAGGCCGCUGCGCUCGCUUUCCAGCAGGUCGGCUUUGCGUACAGCGUGCUCUCGGACGCGAAGCGCCGCAAACGCUACGACACGACCGGGUCGACCAGUGACUCGAUCUUUGCCGACGAGGAGGUGGACUGGAACGAAUACUUCAAGACGCUCUGGGACGGCGAGGUGAGCCACGCGACCCUCGACGAGUUCAAGGAGAAGUACCAGGGCUCGGAAGAGGAGGAGGAGGAUAUUUUCGAGGCGUACCGCGACGGCGACGGGAGCCUCGAGCACAUCUUUGCGAACGUGCCCUGCUCCAAUAUCCUCGACGACGAGGCGCGGUUUAUCGACAUUGUGAACGGGGCGAUUGCUACCAAGAAACUACCCAAGACCAAGGCCUGGUCCUCGCUGACCACUUCAGACGGCAAGCGCGCACGCAAGGCGCUCAAGGCCAAGGCACGCCAGGAGGCGUCCGAGGCCGAAGAGUACGCCAAGGAGCUCGGCGUGCACGACCAAUUCUUUGGCAAGAAAAAGGCCAAAUCGGCGCCCAAGGCGCAGGAUGACGACGAAGAGGUCGACCUCGACGCGUUGCGCGCUGCCAUGCAGGCGAAGUCCACGCAGCGCGCCACCGACUUUGACGCCAUGAUCGGACGGCUGGAGCGCGAGCCGCGCGCCCAAGGCCCCAAUCGCAAGCGGGCAAAAGUCGCGCGCAGAUGA